AUGCAAAAGUCCAUGGACAAGAUGGUGAGCAAGAUCAAAAGUUUGGAGAAGAAGGUUUCUGGUUCUUCAUCAAGCAAGAAGAAGACACCCAAGGCCCCCACAUUCCCUAGGAGUAGAUCACUCCUCACCACUCCAAGGAGGCUCCCUGCCCAAGAGCCUCACAGAGCCUCUUCUUUCGAGCCAAGGGAAGGAGAGACAACACGCAGAGAAGGAGGAAGAGUUCCAAGGCCAGACGCUCCAGCUCGACCACCGGACUCGAUCGAGUCCAAACAGAGGAAACUCAACUCGAUCGAGCUGACGGUCGAGUUGACCGAGGAGUCAGUUUCGAGAACCCUGGAUUUCGAGUACGAUCACACCUUACCAGGACUUCCUCAGAUGGACCCCUACAACACUUCGAGCAAGCCAGCUCCACCAAGGCCAAGGAAGCCACACCAUUUGAGAUGA